GCUCAACGCCUUCUAUCAAACAUUUCGCGAAUCCGAGCAAUAUACAAUGACAUCUUCUUUCAUUCAAUACGGCGGGCUGUAUGGGAGCGAGUAUGGCGAGGAAUUCGAGCGCAUAUUUGAUCCGCGAAACAGUCCUACUCACCGCCGGAUUCCUGCCGACCAACUCAUUGUCUACAAUUCCACCAAAAGGGUCCAACAGCUUCGGGAGAUGAAUCCUCUCACAAAUCAGAUAAGCAUAGAUAGGCACACCGUUGUCGUGUCCAUUGACGGAGCUUGUCGCGGCAACGGAACAUCCUUGGCUCGGGCCGCCUGGGGUGUUUACUUCGGACCUCAAUCUACGUACAAUUCAAAUGGAACCUUAAACCCUACUUUUCCGCAAACGAGUACCCGAGCCGAAAUCGAAGCUCUAUCGCAAGCGUUAGAAAUCAUCUAUAAAGAUAUUUCCAAAGACUUUUCACUGCAGCGCUAUCAUAUUAUAACAGACUCGUCGUAUCUUGUCCAGACAUUUUCAGAGCGGAUCCAGACUUGGAUAAAAAAUGGUGGAAAAAAUUCAAAGGGGAAAAAGGCGGCUCAUUUUGACAUCUUGAAGAAGAUUAAUGACCGCUUUAAUGAUAUGACAUAUGGAGACAACGGGGGCAUGGAGUUCAAGUUCUGGCAGGUCCCACGAGAGGAGAACAAGGAAGCUGAUGUGCUCGCAAAUGAGGCUCUUGAUAAAGAAUUUGGAGCCGAUGAAAUGGCCGAAAACGCGAAGCCCCGAGUUCUCUCAAUCUCCCUUAAUCAUCAAUCUUUUUUCGAUUCGAUGUACGGCUCGCUGCUCACCAAAAUACGAACCGGCUCAGUAUUCCAGCGCGUGGAGGAUGGAGAAUCUGCCAAACGUGUGCUCUUGGAAGGUCCACCACCACACGCUAUUCUUAUUACCGACGAAGCUCUUACCUUAAGGGAAAAUGCACCUGUUUGGGAGGCAGUAUUGAAGUAUAUAAAACAAGGUGGCACAGCCGUGGUUAUGGGCAAUUUUUCAUCUUUCGUCGAACCAUUAAGCAUCAAACCUUUCUUUGCUAAAGCGGGCUUGGAAUGGGAACAAGGCUCAUACCAUCGGACGACGCUUGUUCUAAAUCCUCAAGCAGUUGGGAUUCACUUGGCUUCGAAACUUCUCCCGGAGUACAGCCAAAAGGCCGUAUUCCUCAAAAAUGCAAAGACUUCGGAUGCUUGGUAUGUGACAAAUGAAAAUGCCGUUACUGAGUCUUUGGCUUUUCAAGCAAAAGAUGCACACGUCACUGGCGAAAGCCCCGUUUUAUUGGCUUCUGUUGGAAAAGGAAAACUUGGAUAUAUUGGCGACGUGAAUGGCGAGGAAGGAUCUGAAGCUGUUGUUAUUGCUAUGUGUGGUUUAUAAACGAAAGACUACUGUAAUACCUUUUUGAGAUUACAUACAGGUUAGUAACUGUACGAGGAUGAAUAAGAAUCGGCUCUUUGUCCCUUGUUAUGCUAUUUUAGGGAGGUACAUUGAGGUACAUAAUUAGUGCUGCCUGCUGGCCUCUUAUGGUCUAAGCUGCCCCUCCUAAAAUAAUUAACCAAAAGGUUUAGGGACACUAAUUCCGCCUUCUACUGUACUAGGAUUAGGGGUGGAUGCGCAAUAUUAUAAUAUUAUAACGUCCAGAAAUGGACAUUAUUAUUUUAUUAGAGUAUAACAGAACGUGAUAAUACUAAUACAGUACCUAACGCAGGACUUCCGUGGUAUAUGUCCGCAGUCGCGCACAGCCACAUAUAGGCCUAAAAUUGGCGUCUAUUAUUAUUCUUACUUCACAAAAAAGGGACACUCAUUUCGCCUUUGACAGUAUAGGUUCGCAACACUCAUUUCGCCUUUUAAUAUACAUAAUUCCGC